GGAAAACUUACGAGGGACCAAAUGUUCUUAGCCUUCCCCUCCCCCGCUCGGAACACAGAUGGUACAGUCCGGACGUCCGGGCGGAGACUGCGGCUGCGCUUCUGGAGAAAGGGCUGGCGUCGCGGGGCGGGCCACUUCCGCACUUCCGCUUUCCGGCCCAGCCAGCGCCCGCGAUGACUGCCACUCUCCGCCCCUACCUGAGUGCCGUGCGGGCCACACUGCAGGCUGCCCUCUGCUUGGAGAAUUUCUCCUCCCAAGUCGUGGAACGACACAACAAGCCGGAAGUAGAAGUCAGGAGUAGCAAAGAGCUCCUGCUACAACCCGUGACCAUCAGCAGGAAUGAAAAGGAAAAGGUUCUGAUUGAAGGUUCCAUCAACUCUGUCAGGGUCAGCAUUGCUGUGAAACAGGCUGAUGAAAUCGAGAAGAUUCUGUGUCACAAGUUCAUGCGCUUCAUGAUGAUGCGAGCAGAGAACUUCUUUAUCCUCCGAAGGAAACCAGUGGAGGGGUAUGACAUCAGCUUUCUGAUCACCAACUUCCACACAGAGCAGAUGUAUAAGCACAAGUUGGUGGACUUUGUGAUCCACUUCAUGGAGGAAAUUGACAAAGAAAUUAGUGAGAUGAAGCUGUCUGUCAAUGCCCGUGCACGCAUUGUGGCUGAGGAGUUCCUCAAGAAUUUUUAAACCACCUGGCUGGAUCUCGUGGCCUUCCCCCUCAGGAUCCCCCGUGUCUCUGUGAAGUCGUCCUGGAGUUAACUUCCCGGAGCAGCAGCGGCGACGGCAGUGGCGGCAGCAGCGGAGGGGAGCUGGGUCAGGGUGGGCAUUAGAUGCGGGAGGGGGGUGGUGUGCUUGCUCGCUGGGCCACAAAGCAGCAGUGGACCUGCCCCGAGGCCACAUGUGCCUGGUCAGGCUGGCUUCUGAUGUACAGUCCCCUGAGCCGGGACAGAUUUUUUUUUUAACGUCUUGAAACUUAAAACUCUGUGCUUGUAGGAGACUGUAACCUUUUUGUCUUUUUUUUUUUUUUUUAAAAAAAAAAAAAAAACAAUCUCCACCUCCAGUGGCUGUGACUGGUCCCAGUGAUUGUACCUUAUUGGUCGCUGUGGGUCUGGGCGGGCCUGGAGCCAAAAGGCGACUACUGUUCCUCCCUGGAGCCAUCCCAGGUGGGGAGGGAGGGGGGUUUCAGACUUGUGUUCCUCUCCCUCGUCCUCCUAUCUCCUUAGGCUCAGUAGAAGCGGUGGGGACCCUCUACCAGCUUCCUGAGCCCUGUCUGCAGUUGGCCACCCAGCACUGGUUGGGGACAAGGGCUGAACUGGUGGCCACCAGCCACACCUAGGAGCCGGGGCCUGGAAGCUGGCAGCCUUCAGCCUCAGGGGCCACUUUGUGCCCUCCCAGCUGGGAGGGGUCGCUGUUUCGCCUUGUCUGUCAGUGCAGUGCCUGUGCUAGAGGUGGAGAGGUGAGUCCUCCAGAGCGUCCCUGCCAGGGCCUCCUGCCUGCUCUGGCUCCUCUGCUCCCUCGCUCGCUGUACCUUUUCUUAUUCUGGUGGAUCCUCCCUCCCCUAAUUAAAGUCUCUUUUUGCCCCUCUGGGGCUGCAUGA